AUGGCGGAGAAGGGCCUCCUUCAGGGUGAUGAAGUCAAGCCAGCUUCCCAGAUGCUGACCGCCGAGGAGCCCACGGAGCCCGCAGAGACCGGCUGCCCGGAGGAGGGUGGUGGGCCUGGGGCCGACCCCGAGGACAUAGCCGCGCUCUCCGGGGAGGACGGCCAGGCUGAGCAGAUGUUGCGGCUGCAGCAGCAGGUGGCCCGGCUGCACGAGGCGUUCAGGAGCCAGGAGUCCCGGUGGGCCGCGGCUCAGCGCCAACUCCAGAGCCAGAUAGACGCUCUCUCGCGACAGAACCAGGAGCUCCGGGAUGGACUGAAGGCCCUGGGGCUGCCGCUGCCGGGAGCCAGGGAGGCAGACGCAGCCGCCCUGGGCACCGGAAGGAAGCCGGACGCUCUGGUGUCACGAUCUGCUUUUGGGAGAAUGUUACCACUGUCAACCGAUGAAGAAACAUUAGUGAAACACGCAGGACGCAGAAGUCAUAGUGCCACUGUCUUAGGACAAGGACCGUCAUCUAAACAUCUCCCUUCUUCCCAG